UUCCCCAAUGUGCAUGUUUGUCAGAUUUGUGUUUUACCAAAAGACGGUGUCACAAAGUUCUCUGUGACGGUUAUUACCUUAUAUGUUUAUAAAAAAAAUACCAGAAAGCACCUGUGAUAAUAAACUUAUAAUAUAAAAUGAAUACAAUAUUUAUUAAUAUUGUUCUGGUAGUAUUCAUUGGAUUAUUGGAUGCACGAUCAGUUAUUGAACGUGUGGAUGAUUCAGAUUUAGUACAUUUGCUUACCGGCGAAGAAAAUGUUGUCGUGUUGUUUACAAAGAACAAUUGCGAAGCUUGUGAUGAACUGGAGGCUGUACUAGAAAAUAUACAGAAUGAAUUGAAAGAUGAUAUUGGGGCUGUCGUAGUCAAAGCUCAUAAUAGUCAUAUGGUAAACCUUUACGAUCCAUCGAAAGAACCUGCUUUGAUAUACUUCCGACGAGGAAUGCCACUACUCUAUCAUGGUGAACCUAAUGCAGAGGAAAUAGUGCAAAGAUUUAGUGAAAAUAGAGAACCAGUCGUUAGGGAGUUGUCUGAUAUAAAUUUUGAACAUUUAACUCAAUCGGCCACUGGUGCUACCACUGGCGAUUGGUUUGUAUUUUUCUAUUCAGCAGAUUGUGUUUUUUGUUUACGUCUUCAUGCUACUUGGGAAGCUGUUGGAGCAAAUCUAAAACAUCGCUUGAACGUGGCCAGAAUCGACAGACUGGGAUCCGGCAUUGCUACUGCAAAACGCUUUGGUAUAGUUGAAUCUCCAGAAUUCAUAUUUUUACGGCAAGGCAAAGUAUACCGAUACAAAAACAAACAAUAUAACGCAAAUAAGUUAAUCGAAUUUGUAGAAAAAGACUACAUGAAACAAACUAAAGCCGAAGUUGUUCCGCCUGAGGCAAAUAAUCUGAAUUCUUUCUUUGGCAUUUAUAUUGAUGUCUUAUCGAACCACCCUCAGCUUCUAAUGAUAUCCUCCAUUGCUGUUUUAUUAACAACUAUUCUUGGAUGCAUUGUAAAAUGUGUGUCAUGGAAACGAACUACAGUAGAAAAAAAUAGCAAAGCUAAAAAAUCUAAAUAGUUUUACUUAUGUACGUAUGUAGAUACAUAAUCCAGAUAUACCAAGAAAAUGUCGAUACUUAAAAUCAAAUUGAUAAUGAUUUCAAAUCAACCACUUUUCCAUAGGUCAAAUGAUUUUAUAAAUAUUAGAUUGCAAGUAUACAUAAUUUCAAGCAUUUUGUAAUACCCAUAUCGCACACCUAGUUCAAAAGUGACACAACAUAUAUUUGAAAUGAUUUAUGUAAAUUUUUUAUAAAUAUAUUUUGAUGAGUCUUAUAUGAACUAUAAAUAAAAAGAAUUGUACUUUAAUAUAAAAAUAUAAA